UUUCGAGUAAACACUUUUCGCAACCGAUCGUUGCUACUUCAGCUACACACAAAUGAUGAUGCAAUUGUCAUAUUCUUAUCAAUCAGCAUUGUGCCUAGUUUAAUGAAAUCUGCUUAACAAAACAACAAAGAAAUACUAUCGUAAACACUAUCAAGUGAUCCAGUUCUGGCUGUCUCCACUGUGGCGAGGAAAGUGCUGACGGAAUGCCAAACUGGUUGUGGCCAAAACAGACGACAGCAUGCCAUCGCUCUCCUCCCACGCCCGCUGGCUGCUGCCUCUUUGUGUUGUUGCUCCGCUUUGAGGCCAGGCACUGACUAAUAGCGCCACUUGUUACCGUGUGUCACCCAUCCGCUAGUAGUCGGUCUCAAAAAGUGACUAGUCCAUUGAUAAAACCGCCGAUAAGGUGGCGAACCAUCUUCGAAAGCAUUUUGGAUGUAUACACGCCCCGCGAGUGACAUCAUACUCCAAGUUCCAAUUAAAGAGCUCAAUUAAGCAAUAAAACUUUUUGAAAAUGGAGCGACGCGGACGCAUUCCGGUGGCCAAGUUUCGUACCCAGGAGGCUAAGACACGCAGCCGAAGUCGCGUGAGGGAGCCGGACUACAAUGAGCAGGAUCCGGAGCACGAUAUGUUCACCUUGCUGGAAGAUAACAUUGCCCUCAGGGAGGAAAACAAAGCUCUAAAACUAGAGAUCGAAACACAUAAAACCACUCAGGAGGAGCAGCAGUCGCAGCACGACAAGGUGUGCGUGGCCCUGGAAUCCCUGCAACAGCAGCAGACCACUUUCGAGUCGCAAAUCAAGGAGCUGAACUCAAAGUUUAACAAGGCUCUCAACGAACGAAAUGCUUUGGACAAGCUGCACAAAAUGAAGGUCGAUCAGAUACACAAUCUCACCAGCGAACUGGAGCAUAUUCGCGAGAAACAGCAGGAUCAGGUGCCUCAAAUAAAUCCCCGCUUGGUUCUCGGAUCCGUAGAACUUAAGCGAAAGCUCUUCAAGAUUCUGCAAACGGGCAGCACGGACAGCGCUGACAGUAUCGGCACUCAAGAGCUCGACAGUCUGGUCGAUGUCAACUCCGAAGGGGUGCCCAUCACCAGCAGCCUUGUGGAGCGUCUGGCCGAUGAGUUCCUGACUCUUAAAAAUCUGACUAGUGCCGUGGAGCUUCAGUUGUACGAGGCCAACGAAAAGAUGGCCGAGCUGUUGGAGCAGCAACACGCAAUGGAGGAGGAGAACGAAGCGCUGCGUACGGAAAACACCAACUUAACCAAAGUGGCCAAGUUGCUGACCGAAAACAUGAAGGAGAGUGUGGAAACUAGCCAAAAAAUGGAGGCCGCUCUUAUCAAGUUGAAGCAACGUAACGAUGAGCUCACAGCGAAGACACGCGAUCUGACCGAUGGGCAGCCGGGAUCCAGGAGCAGCACCUCGUCCAGCGUGCUGAACGAGCAGGUGGAGUUCGAGCAGAUCCAGGACCAGGUGCAGCAGCAGGCCAGGGAGCACAACGAGCGCAUUGUGGAAAUGCAAAAUCUAAUGGAUGCGGCUAUAGCCAAAACUACUAACGAUGAACUAAAAAAAUUACAACUUAAGUUGGAGAUACUCGAGGAGCAGCUGCGCGAGGCAGUGACGCGGGCUGAUCAUGCCGAGGAGCAAUUGGCGCGCUACCAGCAGUCCGAGCAAAAGGCACUAGCUGCUGCUCCUCCACCUCCGCCGCCGCCUCCGCCUCCAAAACUGUUUCCUUCCGGAGGAUUGGUGGCAGCUGGUGGCAGCUUGAGUGACCGCAUUGCCGGACUUAGCUUGCGCAAGGGCAGCGGCGACAAGAUCAUCGAGAAUGUGAAGCAUCAGGUACAGGCCGAGGCAGCAACAGGUCUUGACGCUCUGAUGCGCGAGUUCAAGUCGGGAGGCGUGACCCUGCGGAGGCGCAAUCGCCGCAAGACGGGCACCAGCGAGGCCCUCAAGGAGAUGUUCCAAGUACUAGAGAUAAGUCAGAAGCAGAACCGCAACUCCAAGAUAUGCGUGGACCUGCACUCGGCCCGCGGAGUUGACCUUUAAUCCCGUUCCUGCCAUCCUUCUCACCCACUCUCUUACACUUUGGUCUCAAAUCUCAGGACCCAGCUGUCCCUGAACAACAAACAUUCCGUGCAUUUUCAAACCGUAUUAUUGUGUGCCUUUCAAGGAGGAAACCGAAGCCAUUUUACAAUUUACUAAUCUUAAGCCCCACUUUUGGGAUGAAUUUGCUUCAUACAAAGCUGAUUUACCUAACCUAAUAUUCACUUGACAAUAUUAAUUUAUAACUAACAUUUAUCCGACCUGGUUAAUGUGUUCAUUUUAACAGGUUUCGCGUUCUACUAAUCAACGACACCCCCAAAAAUAUCUUGAAUAAA